AUGGGGAAGAUGCUGCCAGCCCAGGAAGCGGCCCGGAUCUACCACACCAACUAUGUGCGGAACGCCCGGGCCAUGGGGGUGCUGUGGGCGCUCUUCACCCUCUGCUUUGCGGUCAUCAUGGUGGUGAGCUUCAUUCAACCCUACUGGAUCGGUGACAGCAUCGACACUCCGCAGGCCGGCUACUUCGGCCUCUUCUCCUACUGCAUUGGCAACGCCCUGACUGGCGAGCUCAUCUGCAAGGGCAGCCCCCUGGACUUUGGCACCAUCCCCUCCAGUGCCUUCAAAACGGCCAUGUUCUUCGUGGGCAUCUCCACCUUCCUCAUCAUCGGCUGCAUCCUCUGCUUCAGCCUGUUCUUCUUCUGCAAUUCAGCCACUGUCUACAAAAUCUGUGCCUGGAUGCAGCUGGCAGCAGCAGCUGGCCUAAUGAUAGGUUGCCUGAUCUACCCGGAUGGUUGGGAUUCCAAUGAAGUGAAGCGCAUGUGCGGGGACAAAACUGACAAAUACACACUAGGGGCAUGCACCGUGCGCUGGGCCUUCAUCCUCUGCAUCAUUGGGAUCCUGGAUGCCCUCAUCCUCUCCUUCCUGGCCUUUGUUCUAGGGAACCGGCAAGAUAAUCUCCUCCCAGACGAUUUCAAAGUAGAAAAUAAAGGUAAUGGCCCCACUUUGUUCUCUCUUCCUGUGACCCCCACUCACCUGUUAGAGGGUACAUCAAAACCCACUGCCACCUAUAAAGCCUGCAGCCAUGCCCAUUGGGCCCAGAUACCAUGA